AUGACCAGUACAGAGUCCUCGCUGUUCACAACCUUAAGCCCCCACUCAGAUCCUGACAACAGUGAGGUGGAGCUGGACUGCCGCUUUAAUGAGGAGUUCAAGUUUAUCCUGCUGCCCGUGAGCUAUGCAGUUGUCUUUGUGCUGGGCCUAGGCCUCAAUGCCGUGACCAUCUGGCUCCUCCUCUUUCGCCUCCGACCAUGGGAUGCGACAGCCACCUACAUGUUCCACUUAGCUUUGUCGGAUAUUUUGUACGUCCUGUCGCUGCCCACCCUCGUCUACUAUUAUGCGGCCCGCAACCACUGGCCCUUUGGCACUGGGCUCUGCAAGUUCAUUCGCUUUCUCUUCUAUUGGAACCUCUACUGCAGCGUCCUUUUCCUCACCUGCAUCAGCGUACACCGCUACCUGGGCAUCUGCCACCCGCUGCGGGCGCUGCGCUGGGGCCGCCCGCGCCUUGCUGGCCUUCUCUGCCUGGCAGUUUGGUUGGUUGUAGCCGGCUGUCUCGUGCCCAACCUGUUCUUUGUCACCACCAGCGCUAAGGGGGACAUCAUCUUGUGCCACGACACCACCCGGCCUGAGGAGUUUGACCACUAUGUGCACUUUAGCUCGGCAAUCAUGGGGCUGCUCUUCGGUGUGCCCUGCCUGGUCACUCUUGUCUGCUACGGGCUAAUGGCCCGGCGCCUGUAUCGGCCCUUGCCAGGGGCCGCCCAGUCAUCUUCCCGUCUGCGCUCUCUGCGCACCAUUGCUGUGGUGCUGACUGUCUUUGCCGUGUGCUUUGUGCCUUUCCACAUCACCCGCACCAUUUGUUACCUGGCAAGGCUGUUGGAGGCUGACUGCUGGGUGCUGAACAUCGUCAACGUGGUCUACAAAGUGACUCGGCCUCUGGCCAGUGCCAAUAGCUGCCUGGAUCCUGUGCUUUAUUUGCUCACUGGGGACAAGUAUCGACGUCAGCUCUGGCAACUCUGCAGGGGCGGUGGGCCCCGGCCCCCGACGACUGCCUCCUCUCUGGCGCUGGUGUCCCUGCCUAAGGACAGCAGCCGCAGGUGGACAGCCGCCCCCCAGGAUGGCGACUGCCCUACGCCUUGGGCAGAUAGAUUAUAACACUGGAAGCUGGGAAGUGAGGGAAAGGGGGUCAGUGCAAAGCAGAGGGGAGGGAACCUGAUAGUGACACCCGAUCUGGCUGCUUUCUC